AUGUCGUUCUGGAUGACUGGCUUCUUCAACCCACAGGCAAGUCGGUAUUCACACUCGCUUUUUGCCGCGUCGAAAAUCACUUCUUUGGUCGCGUCUAGUGUCUGUGUUUUGACACAGACUUGGGCGUCCCAUGCUUUUCAGUUCGCCUCGCAUCGCAACACCACUUUUUCACGACAAGACUCCGCAAACGUCUGUCCCACCGUGACAGACGUGAAGUUGGUUCGCAAGAGACUUUUCGUGCUAGUUUACCAUUUGGAAGGAAGCAAUAACUGGUUGGAAACAAUUGGCCAAUUGGCUUUUGGAGUGAAGCGAGGGCUGUUGAGUUGGACGAACGAGUAUUCUCUGUCCUGCGAAGAGUGGUUGCAGCAAGAAAGCCGACUCUACGAACUGGUGCACCGCAGCGCACCAGCCACCAAACCAGAAGGGUGGGUGUCCGGCUGCCAUUCUUCUCAAUGUCCACACCGGCCAGCUAUUCUCGUUUGUUUAGGUUUGUUGGUGUGUUAA